AUGAGCGCCUUGACGGUGCAAAGCUUGGUUCUCUCGUCGUGUACGAUAUGUCAAGCCGGGACCGAGUUUAUACACAGGAAUAUUGAGGGUGGAAUUCACUUGGCAACUUUUCUCUCCUUCUUGAUGAUCUCCACAAAAGGAAUUCUCCUCGAAAAACGACUAUUUGGUGCACCACAACAUAUCCCAACAAGAAAAUAUUGGUCGAUGGUAACGAUUUUCUUCAUCGUAAACCUCUGCAAUAAUUAUUCGCUUUACUUUGACGUUAGCAUGCCAUUAUUUAUCAUUUUUAAAUCGGGAUCACUUCUGGCAAAUUUGCUAUUGACGUGGAUCAUUCGACGACAAGUUUAUCCGUUCUCCAAAAUUUUGGCUAUCAUUGUAACGACGAUUGGUUUGGCCAUAUUCACAAUCGCUUCAUCGACGAGAAAACCACAAUGGGUUGCUCAACCGCCGGAAUGGGUGAAUUACAUCCCCGUAUCACCGUUUUGGAUAGGAGUGAUUUUGAUGUCAACAGCGCUCUUCCUCUCCGCUUAUCUUGGGAUUAUGCAAGAGGACUUGUUUCGGACGUAUGGAAGACAUCACGAAGAGGCGCUUUUCUUUGUGCACUUCCUGUCGCUUCCAGCUUUUGCUCUUGUCGGUGACUCGUUGCUUCACGCGACAUCCGGUUUAUACAACGUGGAAAAUGUUAUUAUAGGUGGUUAUGAUGUUCCCGUUUGGUUCUUAUUCUUCGCCUCUUGCGCUUUACAGCUCAUUUGUGCGGGAUCAGUUUUCCGAUUAGCAUCCGUUUCCUCGUCUCUAGAUGUAACAAUGCUCUUGUCAAUUCGAAAAGGCCACGACGCACGAAUGCACAACAUGAAUCAGCAACCUCAUCCUGGAAUGCCUCAACACCAGCAAAGUCCAUUGAUGUCGGCACUUGGUGGACCGCAAGGAGGAAUGGACGGGAAUCAGUCAUCGCAAGGACCUCCUGGUAUGCAAGAAGGAAACUUCAUCGGCGGUGGGAUGAGACCAAUGCAACCCGGCGGAGGACCAAUGCGAGGACCCGUCGGUGGACCUGGGCCAAUCCGACAACAGCCAAUGAUGCAAAUGCAAGGACGAUUGCCUCCGUAUAUGCAGAAUCAGGGACCGCCACAGAGACCCGGCUACUCUGGCCCUCCACCGCCACAUCAGGGCCCACAAGGAUCGCCGAUGCCAAUCAUUCCGGGCAGAAUUGUGCAGCAACCAGGACCACUUCGACAACAGCCGUAUCCUGUGCAAAGACCUGGAAUGCCGAUGUCUUCGAUUCCACAACCGCAGCAUCUUGUACCCAGGCAAAUCACUGGUCCACCACCAAAUAUGCCGACGGGGUCUCUGCAACCAGGGGCGCCAAUGCCAAGAGGUGCAUCUCCAGCACCACCACGGCCUCAAGCAUUUCAACCGCCUGUCGCCAACCCACCCCCAUCUGCGAUGCCCCAAGUACUUGAUGGAAAAGCGGCUCUCAUCGACAAGUCGCGAUUGGACAAAAUCGUACAAGAAAUCGAUCCACGGUUGGUGCUAGAUGAUGCCGUGAAAGAAGCGCUAAUCGAGAUGAGUGACGAGUUUGUGAGUGAUCUCAUAGAGAAAGUUUGUGUGCUAGCUCAACACCGUGGAAAGGUCUCCGUUGCGAGUGGUGACAACAAUCAUCGGCUUGAAGUGAGAGAUGCGGAAUUCGUGUUGAACACCGUUUACAAGAUGCCUCAUCCACCGCGAGCCGCUGUUCACGUUUUUGGGAGCCGCAGCACCAGCGAAAGCCGA